ACAGGACUAGAAGGUUGAGACAGUACAACGAAGGUCGCCGCGGAGACCGCGCGACCCCAGAGCGUCCCCUUUGGAGUCCCUCGGGACUAAUCGUCCUGUUGGCCUUCCACCUUGGAGGUCACGGUCCGGCUUUCUCUUCGUCCCUCCCUCUCCCCACCCUCCUCGUUCUCUCCGGGCGUCCCCCUUCGUGCGUAGUGGUUUGUCCCAUCCGUUGGGUUCCUUCCGCCGGCGCGAGGAUGCCGGUGCGCGUGCGCAGCCAGGUGUGGCCCACGCACCUCCGCUGUGAGGUACGAGCCCGGGAUCGCGGGUUGCCGGGUGAGGGUCCGGUCUCGGUUGUCUGUGCUCGGCGAGAGUCGUGCCCCGCGGCAUGCAGGUCGCCCUGCCCGCGAGUGUCUUUUAUAAGGGCUGCCAGGCACAAUGAAGGUUCUCCUACUGAAAGAUGCCAAGGAUGAUGACAGUGGCCAGGAUCCAUAUAUCCAGGAGCUGGGAUUAUAUGGAUUGGAAGCUACGCUGAUUCCUGUUCUGUCAUUUGAGUUUUUGUCUCUCCCCAGUUUGUCAGAAAAGCUCUCUCAUCCGGAAGGCUUUGGAGGACUCAUUUUUACCAGCCCCAGAGCAGUGGAAGCAGUGAAGCUGUGUUUGGAGAAGGACAAUAAAACUGAAGCCUGGGAAAAGUCCCUGAAAGACAGAUGGAAUGCCAAGUCUGUGUACGUGGUUGGAAGUGCUACCGCUUCUCUAGUGAGUAAAAUUGGCCUGGAUGCAGAAGGAGCACACAGUGGAAACGCAGAAAAACUCGCUGAGUAUAUUUGCUCAAGGCCAUCUUCAGCACUGCCUCUUCUCUUUCCCUGUGGAACUAUCAAAGGAGAUACUCUUCCCAAAAUGCUCAAGGACAAAGGGAUCCCUAUGGAAAGCAUGCAUGUCUAUCAGACAAUUCCACACCCUGGAAUCCAAGGGAACUUGGAAAGCUACUACGAAAAUCAGGGUAUCCCAGCCAGCAUCACAUUUUUCAGUCCCUCUGGCCUUAAAUACAGCCUCGACUAUAUCCAGGCAUUAUCUGGUGGCAGCUUUGAUCAGAUUAAGCUUGUAGCCAUUGGCCCCAGUACAACUCGUGCUAUGGCUGCCAAGGGCCUGCCUGUGAGCUGCACAGCAGAGAGCCCCACCCCACAAGCCCUGGCUGCUGGCAUCAGGAAAGUACUGCAGCCAAACAACUGCUGCUGAAGUCUGCACUGAGCCAGCUCCUUCCCUGUGCAUGGGACAGCUUGCUGCUGCCGCCUCUCAAAUGGAGAGGGGCUCUGGAGAAGCUGCCUGUGAGCAUGUCACUGUGCUCCAUGGAGUCCAGCUUGGAACCUAGGCCAUGUUCACUAGCCAUUGGACCCUGGGAGAAGAACUUCCUGUGCUUAGAAAGAAGGAAAUGAAACCAACCACAAUGUGACUCAUGCUUGCUGCCCACUUUUUUAAAGAUUGUAUUUAUUUUAUGUGUA